AUGCUUCAAAACAGUUCUUCAAAUGGACAUCUUCAUGGUUACAGUACUUUCAAUACUUCACAUUAUUCAUCUUUAAUAACUGAUAAAAAUGAUAAUGAAAGAACUUCAUUAGAUGAAGAUUUAUCAAAUUCUUCACAAAAUUCUAAGGAUGAUAUUUCUUCUUCUAUUAAAAAUAAUAAGACACAUUCUUCUAUCAAAAUUCGUAGAGGAAAAAAACCAGAAAAACCUGCUAUUAGUUAUAUUGCUUUAAUAUCACUUGCCAUCAAAGCACAACCAUCAAGAAAAGCUACAUUAGCUGAAAUUUAUAAAUAUCUUCAAGGUAAUUAUGAAUUUUUUAGAGGUGAAUAUAAUGGUUGGAAAAAUAGUAUAAGACAUAAUUUAUCAUUAAAUGAAUGUUUUAUUAAACUUCCAAAAACUGAUGGUGAAAAAAUUGGUAAAGGUCACCAAUGGACAAUUGAUGAUUCUGUUGAUUUUUGUUAUGAAGCUGGAAUAUAUCGUAGAAGACCAAGACAUACAACUCCACGUACUGUACAAUCUAAUGAAAAUUGUGAUGAAAGUAAUCCAGAAGUUACCAUUAAUACUCAACAAGAUAAUUCUCAUUUAAAUUCAUUAAAUAUAUCAAGAUCAGAAGAGUCAUCAUUACUAAUACCAACACAUACAAUAAAGGAUAAUUUUUCAUUGAAUCAGGAAGAUGGAUGUAACUAUGAAUUUCCUGAUAAUGACAUAACAACAUCACAAUUAUACAAUAAUGUUGAUCAACAUAAUACUGUUGCAUCAACAUAUCCUCAAUCGUUUUCUACUUGGCAACAACCAACAGCACCAUUAUGGCAAGAUUCACCAUUUUAUCCACAAUCAAGUGUCCCAUAUACUUCACAAAAUUGGAUUCAAAAUUAUCCAUCAAAUUAUGAUGUUUUUAGUAAUAAUACAACAAAUAUUUUUAAUACUCCAGGUCAUACACCAUAUACAACUCCAACUUAUCCUACACCAACAUACCCAUCAUCAUACUCAACUUUAUCAUACUCAUCAUCAUCUCUUUUUAAUAUAUAUCAAAGAAAUGAUCAACAACAAUCUAUUAAUUAUCAACAUCCAUUAGAAGAUAUAUCACCAAUUAAUGAAAAAAAUAUUGAUAAACAUUUUUCUAUACAAGAAACACCAUCAACAUCAUCAUAUUUAAUAGAUGGUGGAAUUAAUUAUGAAAAUUCUCUUCAAUAUACACCUAAUGUUGGAGAUUCAUUAAAUCAACCACCAUCAACAUCCAUUUCUUCUACUCUUGACUCAACAAUAACAAAUUUUUCACAAUCUGUUAUUAUUGAAAAUUAA